AUGUCUACUAUCUCGUCUCCGUCAUCUACUACUACUGCUACUACUACUACUACUGCUAGUACGCCGAUUAGAUUACCAUCUAUAAAUGAGUUGACUUCUCGUAGUAAUACUUCUCCAAGAUUAUCAGUAUCUGAUUCAUCUAAAUUAUUACCAAGCAUUUCUGCUUCUGUUUCAUCUGCCAACAUUACUUCUCCAUUUAAAUAUCAACCAUUGAAACCAACUACUCAAUCAAACUAUAUUUUACAUAAUGCUACUGCUCCAGUUCCAGCUCCUAUGACUGCCAACAGUAGUACUUCUAUUAAUACUUUACCAAAACUUACUUCUCCUGCAUUACCUCAACCACAACCACAACAACAACAACAAUUACCACCUGCAUCUUCUAUUAGUCCGGUUAACAGACUAAUCAACACUCCUCCACAACAAUCUGCUUCUACUUCUGCAUCUACUUCUCCAAACAGUCAUUAUCAAUAUUAUCAAUACCCACAACAACAACAACAAUCUCCAAUCAUGCAUCCUCAACAACAACAACAAUACCCACAACCAGCAUAUUAUCAACAACCAGUUUACUACCAAGGUGCUACUGCUGCUGCUGCUGCUGCUGCACCAGGUGUAGUUGCUAUUCCUAAUCAUCAACAAUACCCACAAAACCCAACACCAGAAGUUAUCAAUAAACCAAUUAAUAAAUGUCAUAGAUGUGGUACUACUGAAACUCCAGAAUGGAGAAGAGGUCCAAAAGGUGUUAGAACUCUUUGUAAUGCUUGUGGAUUGUUUCAUGCUAAAUUAGUUAAAAGAAAAGGUGCUGCUUUAGCUGCUGAAGAAGUUUUGAAUAAUAAAGUUACCAAGGGUAAAAAUGGUAGAAGAAUUAGUAUUAAAAAACAUUUAUUAAAUGAAUGUUUAAAAAAUAAAACCAAUACUUUAAUUCAACCAACCGCAAAUACUCCUAAUGGUGCUCCACAUUAUUAUGCUCCUCAACCACAACCUCAACAACAACCUCAACAACCACAACAACAUCCAAUUCAUCCUAUUGCUGUUGUUGGUCAUCAUCAACAACCACAAGGAAUUGCAUUACCACCACCUGUACAUUUUAACAAUGGUAUGAUGAUUCCUAUUCAACCACAAGUCAUUCCUGUUUAUCAAAAUGGUCCAGUUCCAUUGAUUCGUAAUUAA